UUGUGCACUGUAUAAAUGCUCUUACUGCUUCGGCCUCUCAAACACUAUAGCAUACCCUUCCUUCUACACUCAUUACAUUCACCUUUUUUCUGUCCUAGACUGCUGUUCUGCCUGCUAGUAAGAAAGGAAAUGUGACGGGUCGCCUCUAGCCCAGCUUCUUUUACCUCGCCCACCGACGUCCAGCUUUAAAAGACGCCACUGUUGGGGUUAUGGAUUUGGUUGAGAGAUGAAAGUGUGAGAUGAGCAUAGGAUUUCUUGACGGUUUAAAUUCAUGGAGAAAUGUCAAUGUUGAAAUUGCAAACCAGGAAUCCUAAAGAAAAUCUGCAUUUAAAAAGUUAAAUCCCUUUUAUUCACGGGUAAAAUGGCAAAAAGUGCAGAAGUGAAAGUAGCCAUCUUUGGAAGAGCAGGUGUGGGGAAAUCUGAGUCAACAUAUCGGCAUCAAGCAACAAUAGAUGAUGAGACGGUUUCCAUGGAGUUGCUGGAUACAGCCGGGCAGGAAGAUGUUAUCCAGAGAGAGGGCCACAUGCGGUGGGGAGAAGGCUUCGUAAUCGUCUAUGAUAUUACCGACAGACAGAGUUUUGAGGAAGUAUUACCUUUUAAGAAUUUAUUGGACGAGAUAAAAAAGCCAAAGAAUGUAACCUUGAUUUUAGUUGGAAAUAAAGCCGACCUAGAUCAUUCAAGACAGGUCAGCACUGAAGAGGGAGAAAAACUAGCCACCGAACUGGCGUGUGCCUUUUAUGAGUGUUCAGCCUGUACCGGGGAAGGCAACAUCACAGAGGCAUUUUACGAGCUAUGUCGAGAAGUAAGACGUCGGAAAAUGAUUCAAGGGAAAACAAGAAGAAGGAGCUCAACAACCCAUGUCAAGCAAGCAAUUAACAAAAUGUUAACUAAAAUCAGCAGCUAAUGCUCCUACAAGAAAAUCAGAACUAACCGUUAGCGUACGAGAAACAAUGAAUUAAUUCAAAUGGUUGUUUUGAAACACAAGUUACAUGCUUUUGUGUAGUAUUAGUGAAUAUAACUUCUAUUUUUAACGCUUUUGAAUAUUCAAUGUCUUGUAAUUCAUGAUGAAUAUUCUCACGUAUUCCCCUGGCAGAGCCCUUGUUUGGCUGAACGAAUGUAUAUACUAAAGAUUGAAUAUAACAUGACAAAUCUCACCCAUAGGGAAAACAAAUAAAAAUAAAAUAAAAGGGACAUGGAAUUGGACAAUCACAGUAAACUAGAGAAGCCAUCUACUUAGUCUUGUUAACGGAUUUGCAGUCUGAUCAGUGUAAAACACGUUAUCUCCCAGUUAGAAAGCACUGCCAAAUAUGUCUGUACUAUAUAAAUAAUUGUAAUUAAAACAGAAACAGAUUUCUUAUUUUAGCACUAAUUAGAAAACAAAUUAUAAAACCUGUGGAAGAAAAAUUACUGAGCAUGGAAUAAUUACUCAAAUGAUGAUUCAGAACUACUUGUUCCUUUCAAAAGUGGGAAAUGCUGUAUAGACCAUAGUUCACCUUCCUUACAUCAUGCUUUAAUGAAACACUUCAAGAUUCAUAUCCACCACAGCCCACUGUUGUGGUUAUGGUGCAAUGAGGCUCCUGGUAUAAUUGGUUUGACCUGGAUUUCACCAUUUAAUUGCAGACUCUACAAUUCUCUUUCCCAGAUAAUCUGUUUAACUCAAUUUCACUUUAAAUACAUAAAUUAGGGUUUGUCCAGCUAGGGAAGAUUAGAACAGUACGGCAUAUUUCAAAACUGUAUUGUAUAUUAUUAGUACAAUAUAAGUGCCAAUUGGCCACUCACACUUUGGAGCCAAAUAUAGAGCCUUCAGAUAAUAGUUGAUAUGUUUCGUCCCAGAUCUUGGUCUCAUUCAAUGAGAGAAAU